ACGCGCGGCCUGCAGAUAAGUGAUCUCGUCAGUGGGGAGCAAUAUGAACUGCACAUGUAUUUUAAUAGCGUUCCUGGCUGUUGCAUAUGUCCGGGCCGAUGUACAGGACGACUUCAAGUACCUAACCUCAAUAUUUGCCGGAGUGUUUGACAACAUCAAUCAAUAUGACAAUGACAUCAAACGUGGUUUGCCUCCUCAAGAUAGACACCUCCAUCUCAUAACAUCUGUAGCAGCUGAGGAUGUGCCGGUCCUACAUGGGCGGACAAGUUUCUAUCUGGAACAAUAUCUCAAUGGAAACCAAAGUGAUCUUAUCAGACAACGAAUUUACAGCUUUGGACUCGAUGCCGAGAAUAGAAUUAACUUGAAACUCUUUUCUCUGGUUGAUCAAGCUAAAUUCGCCCAUGCCCAAACUAACUCCCCACUCUUCAAGCAGCUGACUAUGAAAGACAUUGUGUAUGCAUCAGGGUGCGAUGUUUACUGGACACGUGUGUCCGACGACUUGUUCAGAAGUAACAUGUUCAACACAUGCAUUGUUCCCAUAGGUGGAGCUGAGGUUCUCAUCAUCGACAAAAGUACUCUGUCAUCGACGUAUUUAACAGCUGAUGAAACGUGGAUCUUCAUUAAGAAUGGAUCCGUGCUCAAGGUGUACCCCUCACCCUACAACAUGACAAAGCAAAUCUCCCAUCAGCGUCCCAUGAUCCCCGCGUCCCCUUCUGAAGUCGCCUCCACCCAGUUGAAAGGCUUCCAGGACAUCCUCAACGCCCUGGUCCAGGGUCAGCCUAUCCGGUACUACCUGAAGACGUCGGACUGCACCGUGUCCGGGGGGAAGGGGGCGGGAGCCCUACCUCAGAUGGGAGGCUUCAUUGACACAUUCGAAUACUUCAACGAUCCAGCAUUCGGGCCCGUCCCAUACUUUGGCUUUUCAGCAUUCCUCCCAACGAGAAACGCCAGUGGAGGCCUGUUCAUCCUUCUGAAGGAGGGCCUGGUGUACAAGACUGGUGAUGUGAAACUGAGACUGACCGCGCUAUCCCCAGACUACCAGACAGUUCUCAACAAACAGAACCUAGUUUGUUCAAUUGGCUCCAGUGGGUCAAGUGGAUCCGCCACGUUUUUCUCCGGAGCACGCUCAGUCAAACAACUGACGAAUUUCACCAGCUUCGUGUCCGUACUCCAGAAUGGUGGCAACGUGAGAUUCAUUGCGAACUAUGGCCUUUGUAAUAUGGGUAUAAAAGCAAUUGGCGGAGGAAGAAUUGAAGAUUUUGAGGUCUCCACUGACGGGAACAUGGUGAAAUCGUCACAAUACAAAAUCAUCACCAAUUACCAGGGGCCGGGCUACGUAGAAGAUAUCGUCAUCGGCAGUUUCUACUCCAACAGCAGCGCCAUCUUCAUCGCCUCAGACGUCAUGGUUAACACAGACAACGCAGUCUACGUGGAGGAGAUCGACUGCGAGAUCAACGGCCUGCGGCCUGGGGGAGGCGUGUACCUCUUCCAGUUAGUGUGAUACACAGCUGACGACGUGGUCCGAAGUCAAGAACGUGACCUUUGACGCUAUCACCGUCACCUGUCCUGACUCUUUCAGUUGUGUUGAUAACAGUCAAAUUCACUAUGCUACUCUUCUGAGCCCCCUUUCUCUUUGUAGGUUGGCACUACACGAUGAUACUGAUCUUCCAUCUCCAUUAAAGCGUACCAGAUUAAGUAACCUUUCCUUCUACACUACCGCAACACACUUCCUGCAUGAACUCGUUGACAGGUUAUUACAGUAGUUAUCACUGAAGAGUGUGGUCCCUUAUGCCUGGCAAUACAAAAUUAAUACAUAGUCUAAAUCCAGGAAGGAUUAUGUACUACUUUUCAAUCACAUCCAAUUAUAAUUAACACGUAUGUGGAUUAAAGGUGCUUCUAUAUACUCUAUAUGUCUUUCGACACAUGCUGUUUGUAACUCAAUGCACCGACAGGUACGUGAGGGUCUGACUUGUUCAAUAGUGUUUUCAGAUUCAGGUAAAUCUCAUAAUUAUUAAGUAAUGGUCGAGGAACAGCUGCCUGCUAUCAAGUGACCAGUAUACGUUUCAUGGUCUGAAUCAUGUUUCCUAUCAGAUACGAUUUACAUCUUAUUUCACAUAAAUUAUAAGUCAAGUUAAA